ACUAGUCAGAAAGUGUCCUCUUUCUCUCAUGUGAUUGAUGCACAGAAUUGGCAAUUUCAUUCACUUCAGAAGUUCCCUCUCUCUCUCUCUCUCUCUCUCUCUCUCUGCACUGAGCUUGAGAAGAGAUAUACUCAAAAGAGACAGAUAGAUUCACUGAGAAACACGAUGCCGUCAUUGCCUUCUUCUUGGUUCUUCACAACGCUUCUACUAUGCUUCUUCUUACAUGUUACUUUUGCAGGUGACCCUUAUGUUUUCUAUGAUUGGACCGUGUCCUACACCUCAGCCUCCCCACUUGGAGUUAAACAGAAGGUAAUUGGGAUCAAUGGACAAUUUCCAGGACCAACUCUGAAUGUCACCACAAACUGGAAUGUAGUUGUCAAUGUCAAGAAUAAUCUUGAUGAACCAUUACUUCUAACAUGGAAUGGUAUACAACAUAGGAAAAACUCUUGGCAGGAUGGAGUUUCAGGAACUAAUUGUCCAAUUCCAGCAGGUUGGAAUUGGACAUAUGAGUUUCAAGUUAAAGAUCAGAUAGGGAGUUUUUUCUACUUCCCUUCCCUAAAUUUCCAGAGGGCUGCAGGAGGAUAUGGAGGAAUCAUCAUAAAUAACCGACCAGUUAUUCCUGUUCCUUUUGGAUUACCAGAUGGAGAUAUUACCAUAUUUUUGAGUGAUUGGUACACCAGGAGUCAUAAGGAACUCAGGAAAGAUGUUGAAGAUGGGAUUGACCUUGGAGUCCCUGAUGGUGUGCUUAUUAAUGGACUAGGUCCUUAUCGCUACGAUGAAAAUCUUGUCCCAAACGGCAUUUCUUACCGAAUAAUAAAUGUGGAACCAGGGAAAACAUAUCGCCUGCGUGUUCACAAUGUUGGUAUCUCAGCAAGCUUGAAUUUUAGGAUACAAAAUCACAACUUGCUUCUGGUGGAGACUGAAGGAUCAUACACAGUUCAGCAAAACUACACAAACAUGGAUAUUCAUGUGGGUCAGUCAUAUUCAUUUUUGGUUACAAUGGAUCAAAAUGCCAGCACUGAUUACUAUAUUGUUGCCAGUCCUCGGUUUGUUAAUUCAUCGUGGGCUGGUGCUACUGGAGUUGCCAUUUUGCACUACUCCAAUUCUCAGGGACCUGCUUCAGGCCCUCUUCCCAGUCUUUUGGGUGAAGACGAUCCUUCAUUUUCGAUAAAUCAAGCAAGAUCAAUAAGGUGGAAUGUGUCUGCUGGUGCUGCACGUCCAAAUCCACAGGGUUCCUUCAAAUAUGGUGAUAUUACUGUGACAGAUGUAUAUGUUAUUCUUAAUAGACCUCCAGAGCUUAUAAAUGGAAAAUGGCGAACUACCCUUAAUGGUAUAUCAUAUUUACCACCUCCAACACCCCUGAAGCUUGUGCAACAAUUUAACAUUCUAGGGGUGUACAAGAUUGAUUUUCCAAAUAGAUUGAUGAACAGACCCCCAAAAGUUGAUACUUCUCUGAUUAAUGGAACUUACAGAGGUUUUAUGGAAAUAAUCUUUCAAAACAAUGACACCACAGUCCAGAGCUACCAUUUGGAUGGCUAUGCAUUCUUUGUUGUUGGCAUGGAUUUUGGAGUAUGGACAGAAAAUAGCAGAAGUACUUAUAAUAAGUGGGAUGGUGUGGCUCGCUGCACUACACAGGUCUUUCCUGGUGCUUGGACAGCCAUUUUGGUAUCUCUUGACAACGCCGGUAUUUGGAACCUUCGUGCAGAGAACCUCAACUCGUGGUAUCUGGGCCAAGAAGUUUAUGUGCAUGUUGUAAACCCAGAGAAAGACAACAAUGAAAAUACUUUGCCUGACAAUGCAAUUUUCUGUGGCUUACUUUCUUCCCUUCAAAAGGAUCAGUCUCACAAAUUCCAGUUCUCUGUGGGAUCACCUUUUUGCAGUACUUCUAUAAUUUUGUUGUUCAUGCUAUUUCUAGCAUUACUUGAAAGUUUGUUUUGGUAUGUGGAGUGUUGAGCUCUAAGUCAACUUAAACAAAGAAGGCAAUUGUUUGUAAUAUUACACUAGCCAUUUAAGAUUUAUAUAGGCUUUUUCACUGGAAAGGAAUUUUUAUGUAUGUACAACAUGUUGGACAAACCGAUGUAAUCAUAAAUUCAUAAUUGUAAUUUGUCAACUAGAAUCGUACAUUGAA